GACAAAAUACUGCUAAAGUUCACUCAUAUUUGGCGGUAUUUUACAUUUUACGAAUAAAAUAAACAAAAUGUAAUAGUCAAACAUAUUAAUUAUUAUUAACAGUAAGCCGCAUGGUACAUUUUAAAAGCCGCAAUAGGUCAACGGUAAGAGCGGACUCAUCACCGAGAGUUGGUGGUUCGAUCCUCACCCCGUUUCUCUAUUGUCGUACCCACUCCUAGCACAGUUUUUCCCCGACUAGUUGGAGGGAAUGGGAAUAUUGGUCAUAUUAUAAAAAGAUAUGGCAAAUAUUCUUAAAAAAAAAUAACAAUAAUCAAACAAGUGUUUUCAAACGUAUUUAUUGUUUAAGUAUGUUCGACAUGAUUUACAAUAAAGUUAAAAGUAAGUUAUUUCCUGAAAAUUAUCGAUUACAAAAGUACUAUAAAGUAUCGAUACUUUUACGUGUUCCUAUGACAAGUCAUGCACUAUCACUAACAAUUCAACUGUGAACUGUCAGUUGUCAUUGUCAGUUUGUCACAUCACCUCGUAUUUUCAUUGCUUGCGUAUGCGUCUUGUUGUAUUUUUGUGAUAUCAUUGAUUUUCCGUACCUGUAUCUUUUUUAACGACCGCUUCUGUUUAUGGACACCGAUUCUCCCGCUUAACUACUGACUUGUGUUUGCCAAAGGAUUCCGACUUUCUGCAUUUUACGACGACAUUUAGCUGUGAUUCUUGGACUACGUAUCUGCUUAAUACUUUGGAUUUUGUUGUGCACCGAUUGUUUACCACGAUGGGAAGCCGUGUAGGACCUACACGUAUCAUGUGUGUGAAUUGCAACAUAUGCGUCAAUAAAAUGCGCCGAUAUCCCGCAUUGGCACUCGAUUCAAGAGUCACUGCUCUAAUCUGCAGCUGGGUAUAUCCUCAAAUUAUUUUAGAAGAUGACUAUGUGUGUGAAGCAUGUAGAGAUCUUGCAAUGGCUGCAGUAAAUGCCAACUUGCAAAGUGAAGGAGCUGGACCAAGUACCAGAGGUCAUACAAAUGUGUGCCUUUUAUGUGGCUGUUCAAUACUGCAAAGACAGAGUGACAAACUUGUAAAAGAAAACCCUACAGAAAUGCAGCAAUCUAUAAUAAAUGUUAUAGAAAGCAAAGUGGCGCCACGAGAGAUAUCUUCAUCAGAUCGUGUAUGCCAUGCUUGCUGGUUACGCACUAAAAGAGAAGUUCUACGUAUGAAUCGUCUUGACCAAAUUAGACCUCAAAUGGAUGCUCAACCAGAACCAAACCAGCAGUCGCCUUCAUCAGAACCACAGCAAACAACAGAACAGGAGCCAAUACAAAGAGUAACAUUGCCUGAUUACAGACGAGCACCCAACUCCACACAUUCUUGUGUGUUUCCAAAUUGCAACAGCAACAGUUUUCAUAACAUAUCAGACAAGUUACGAGCCACAGUUCUGCAUAACCAUAAGUAUUAUUUGCCAAAAUUGGCUCGUAUUUGUGAUCAACAUUUGACUAGUAAUUCCUGGGACACUUUAUUUGAGUGCGAAAACAGUAUUGAGACAUUCACAGUUGAACAAAUACAACAUGUAUUUUCUUUUGUAAAUGCAUUCAGCCCCACUCUAGAUUUUGAUGAUUUAGAAAAUAUGGAUGAACGUGUCUUUGAAUAUUGGAUAGGAUUAUCUAAAGAAAAAUUCAAUAUUUUAAUAAAUGAAGUCCCACGCAUAGCUGAACUGCGUAAAGGCAGUGUAGGUCUGGCUUCAUUAUUAAUGAAGAUGAGAACAGGGGAUUCGGAUGAAAGAAUUUCGACAUUAGUUCAAGUUCCACGUAGGACAUUAGAAAAAUUAAUGGACAGAAUAAGGGAGAUUUUGUGCCAAGAUUUUGUUGACAGACAUCUUGGUAUAUCUCAUAUGACGCGUGAUGAAUUAAUACAACAUAAUUUAAUAAUCCCCAAGGGGCUAUUUGCAAGUGACAAUAAUGCCAUUGUAAUUUGUGAUGGUACAUACAUAUAUAUAAAUAAAAGUGCAAACUAUAAGUUUCCAAAAGAAACUUAUUCAACCCAUAAAUAUAGGAAUCUCCUUAAACCCUUUUUAAUAGUAGCCAGUGAUGGAUAUAUUCUUGAUUGUUUUGGCCCUUAUAAAGCGACUACUUCAGAUGCUGUUAUAAUGAAUAAUUUAUUUAAUAAUGAAAAUUCUGCCCUAAGAUUGUAUUUUAGAAACGACGACGCUUUCAUACUAGAUAGGGGCUUUAGAGAUAUCAUUAGUCUGCUGGAAGGAUGUGGCUACAGACCAUUCAUGCCAGAAUCAUUGUUGGAGGGCGAGCACCAGUUAACAACAGCUCAAGCUAAUCGAAGCCGCUGUGUUACCAUUUGCAGAUGGGUGGUGGAAGUGGUCAAUGGAUAUUUUAAAAGAGAUUACAAAUUAUUACGUCAAGAAUAUUUCCAUAGAUCACUUCCCCACAUGAUGCAAAACUUCCAAAUAGCAGCAGCUUUGAUUAACAAGUUUGGUGUUCGCCUGCGUGACAAUGAAUAUGCUAGUGAAAUAAUUACAAUAAUUAGACAAAAUAUGUUAUUAGAAAAUAAUCUGGCUAUAAUGGUCGAGGCUUUAAAUAUGAACAGAAGAUCCUCGAACUUCAUAAAUAUUACAGCAGACAGAAACAAUAUAAGCUUCCCAGAAUUAGAAUACAGAGAUUUGAUUUUAGUCGCCCUGGGAACGUACCAAAUACGACAAGCUCGGUCGUAUUAUGGUGAGCACAUACGUUUCCAUGGCGGAUAUCGAAUCGAAGUAUGCAGUGAGCGAUUGCCAUCUGAAUACAAUCUUAGAGGCAGCGAUGACACCACCUUGAUCAGAGGCAAAAUAAAGUCACGCCAUGUGUCUAGAAGACAAUACUAUGUAUACAUUAUCAUAGAAAAUAAUGUUAACGGUCGAGGUGGUAUUAAAGAAUAUUAUUGUAGUUGUUUAGUAGGAAAACGCACUGUUGGAUGUUGCGCGCAUACAAUGACACUUAUAUGGUAUCUAGGAUGGGCCAGACGUCAAGAAAAUAUUACAGCACCGGCAGGUUUCCUUGAUGAAAUUGUAUUAAGGGAUGAUAAAGAUUAAAUAAUUAAAAAACAUGUUGUUUAAUUUUUUUACCCAACUUUUAUUUCCAUAAAUAAAAGAAGCAUCUGAAUUCUAAAUAUACGAGUAGAACUUCGUAUUCAACAGAUUUUCAUGAGGUACCCAGAGUAAGCAAAGCCUGGUAAAAUAUCAACUUUUGGACCAUGUUUCGUCAAAAUCAGAUGUAAGGAAGUUACAGGCGUUUGCUAUUAAUCUAUAAUUUGUUGGUAAGUAGGUAUAGCUAAAGUAUGCACAUUUAGGUAGAACCAACAUUUUAAAAAUGGAAGUAUUGUGCAUUCUGAGUCUUAAAAAGAGAUAAGGACCUAAUGAAUAGCUCUGUUUAAUAAUAAUCUAUACUUAA